AGUUUGGUUGUCUGGUUUCCUGUCAGAGCUGGUCCUGUCAAUGUGGAAGUUGCUUCUACCAAGGAAAGGGCCACAGAAUCUUACUGUCACUUUCUGAAGUCCGCCUUGCGGCUGUCUCGGUGCACUUGAUAUCGGCCCUGGGCGGGGGUGGUUUCUAGCGAGCAGACGAAGACAAUUUCUCUUCCGGAACGGAGGCCACGCGCCCAGAUUGUUUCCGGGGACCUGAGGCAGUCGCACCGCCGCGCCCCGCCCCUGGCUCGGCCACGUCUCGCUGUAGCUACCGGGGCAGCCACUGGGUAUCAUGUUGUUGGUUGGUUUUGACUGCAAGCCAUGUGUAAGACUUUAAGUUUUGCCCUGAAAACGGAACACAGAGUGAGGUCCUUCCUGGGAGCUCUGGGCUGUUGCUGAUGGCAGAAGCUGUACCUGUCCUAGGGUCAUUUGUAGCCCUUCACUGCCUGCUCAGCCUGGGCUGUCCUAACCAUGGACGGUGUGUCAGCCGAGCACGAUGGCCUCUUGGAGGACAGACCCAACAGUGACACCUCCGCUCACCCUGAGGCCCUCCUCACUCGCCAGGGCUCACUGGCACUGCCUGACCAGCCAGAUGAAGUCCAGUGUGCCGGUGUUGAGGUAAACAGAGCUUCUGAGGAAGUGGGACGCCUGGACACACCUGGGCAGGGGCAACUCUGCCAGAAUGGGUCCACACUGCAGUUCUCAGACUCGCCGUUAUCUCUUGAUCCCACCACAAGUGCAGUGGGUCCUGAUGCCUCUCCAGGUGUGGCUGGUUUCCAUGACAACCUAAGGAAGUCCCAGGGAACUAGUGCUGAGGGCAGUGUUAGAAAAGAAGCUUUGCAGUCUCUCAGACUCAGUCUUCCCAUGCAAGAAACGCAACUGUGCUCCACAGCAUCUUCACUGCCCAUGGAGAAGGAGGAGCAGGUCCGACUCCAGGCCCGGAAGCGCCUGGAAGAGCAGCUCCGGCAGUACCGUGUGAAGCGCCAGCAGGAGCGAUCCAGCCAACCUUCAACAAAAAUGAGACUCUCUAGCACUCUUGAUCCUGAACUCAUGUUGCACCCAGAAAACUUGCCAAGGGCCAGUACCGUAGCUAUGACAAAAGAGUACUCCUUCCUGCGCACCAGCGUCCCUCGGGGGCCCAAGGUGGGCAGCUUAGGGCUGCUGACACAUGCCAAGGAGAAAAAGAGUUCCAAAUCAAGCAAAAUCCGGUCUCUGGCUGAUUAUAGAACUGAAGAUGGAAGUGGUUCCAGUGGCCUUACUCCUGCUGCCAACUCUAUUGGGAGCUCCCUGAAGCAGAGCAGGGGCAGUACCUCAGUAGUGUCUGAGGUCAGCCUGUCUCCUGAGACUGAUGGCCGUCUUGAGAAUGCCUCGCUGACUGGGGACAGCGUGUUGGAGGCUGAUGGAAAUGAGAGUGACAGCUCCUCACAUAGCAGCCUCUCCACCCGUGGGACCUGCGGUGUCCUGGGGAACAUGGUGGUCACCCAGGGACCUGCCUACUUGGUCAAUGGCCAGGAGAUUGCCACGGAGGCUCUGGGCCAGUUCCCUUCUAUUAAGGAUGUUCUCCAGGCUGCAGCAGCUGAGCACCAAGACCAGGGGCAGGAGGUCAACGGGGAGGUGCGGAGCCGCAGAGACAGUAUCUGCAGCAGUGUGUCCAUGGAGAGCUCCCUUGCUGAAGCACAGGACGAAAUGUUGCAGGUUCUUAAAGAAAAAAUGAGACUUGAAGGACAGCUGGAGGCUUUAUCACUAGAGGCCAGUCAGGCACUUCAGGAAAAGGCAGAGCUGCAGGCCCAGCUGGCUGCCCUGCGUACAAGGCUGCAGGCCCAGGUGGAGCGCAGCCAUACUAGCCAGCAGAAGCAGGACUCCCUCAGCUCCGAGGUGGACACUCUGAAGCAGUCCUGCUGGGACUUGGAGAGGGCCAUGACUGACCUACAGAACAUGCUGGAAGCCAAGAAUGCCAGCCUGGCUUCUUCAAACAAUGACCUACAGGUGGCAGAGGAACAGUACCAGAGAUUGAUGGCCAAAGUUGAGGACAUGCAGAGAAGCAUCCUCAGCAAGGACAACACAGUGCACGACCUCCGACAGCAGAUGGCGGCCCUGCAGAGCCAGCUCCAGCAAGUGCAGCUGGAGCGCACAACGCUGACCAGCAAGCUGCAGGCUUCACAGGCUGAGAUCGCCUCUCUGCAGCAUGCCCGGCAGUGGUACCAGCAGCAGCUGGCCCUGGCCCAGGAGGCCCGGGUCAGGCUGCAGGGUGAGGUGGCCCACAUCCAGGUUGGACAGAUGACCCAGGCUGGCCUUCUAGAGCACCUGAAGCUGGAGAACGUGUCGCUAUCUCAGCAGCUGACAGAGACACAGCACAGAUCGAUCAAGGAGAAGGAGCGCAUAGCUGUGCAACUCCAGAGCAUUGAGGCUGACAUGUUGGAUCAGGAAGCAGCCUUUGUGCAGAUUCGAGAGGCAAAGACAAUGGUGGAGGAGGAUCUGCAGAGGAGGCUGGAAGAGUUUGAGGGUGAACGAGAACAGCUGCAGAAAGUGGCUGACUCAGCAGUGGCCCUGGAGCAGCAGUUGGAACGGGUGAAACUGACUCUUCAGCAGCGAGACCAGCAGCUGAUGGAGCUGCAGCAGGAGCACCUGGGCGUGGUGAAACAGCUCACCUCGGCACAGGAGGCCCUGCAAUCCCGAGAACAGUCCCUCAACGACCUGCACACCCGCUAUGAUGAGCUUCAGGCACAGCUGGAGGAGCUGCAAGGGGAGGCUGCCACCAGGGAGGACACAGUCCGCUUCCUGCAGAAUGAGAAGAUUGUCUUAGAGGUGGCUCUGCAAGCAGCCAGGAGUGGCAAGGAGGAGCUUGACCAGGGAGCAAGGCGCUUGGAAGAAGGCACUGAGGAGACAUCAGAACUUUUAGAGCAGCUGAGACAAGAGCUGGCUGUCAAGUCCAGCCAGGUGGAGCACUUGCAGCAGGAGAUGGCCUCCCUGAGAAAGCAGACACAGAAGGUGAAGGAGCAGUUCCUUCAGCAGAAGGUGAUGGUGGAGGCCUACCGGCGGGAUGCUAUCUCCAAAGACCAGCUCAUCGGUGAGCUGAAGACCACAAAGAAGCGGCUGGACUCGGAGAUGAAGGAGCUGAGGCAGGAGCUAAUUAAGCUGCAGGGGGAGAAGAGGGCCGUGGAGGUAGAGCAUUCACGUUUGCAGAAGGAAGUGUCUCUAACCCACCAGCAGAUGGCUGACCUCCAGGAGCACCUCCAGUCAGCACAGAAGGAGCGGGACAAGAUGGAGAUGCACCUGCAGUCUUUGCAGUUCGACAAAGAGCAGAUGGUCACUCUUACAGAGGCCAACGAGGCGCUAAAGGAGCAAAUAGAAGUGCUGCAGCAAGAAGCCAAGAAGGCCAUCACAGAGCAGAAGCAGAAGAUGAAACAGCUGGGCUCAGAUCUGACCAGUGCCCAGAAGGAGAUGAAGAACAAGCACAAGGCCUAUGAGAAUGCCGUGAGCAUCCUCAGCCGCCGUUUGCAGGAGUCCCUGGCUGCCAAAGAGGCUGCAGACGCGGAGCUGAGCCAGCUCAGAGCCCAGAGUACCAGCAGGGGCAGCGACACUGUCCUACAUGAAAAAAUCCGGGCCCUGGAGGUGGAGCUGCAGAGUGUGGGCCACAGCAAGCUGAUGCUGGAGAAGGAACUUCAGGAGGUGAUUGCCAUGACAAGCCAGGAGCUGGAGGAGUCCCGGGAGAAGGUGCUAGAGCUGGAGGAUGAGCUUCAAGAGUCCAGAGGCUUCAAAAAGAAGAUAAAGCGCCUGGAGGAAUCAAAUAAGAAGUUGGCUCUCGAGCUGGAACAUGAGAGAGGGAGACUCACAGGCCUCGGGCAGUCCAAUGCAGCCCUGAGGGAGCACAACAGCAUCUUGGAAACAGCGCUAGCCAAGAGAGAGGCUGACCUGGUUCAGCUGAAUCUCCAGGUGCAGGCAGUUUUACAGCGCAAAGAGGAAGAAGACCACCAGAUGAAGCAGCUCAUCCAGGCCUUGCAAGCCUCACUGGAGAGAGAGAAGGUGGAAGCAAGCAGCCUCAAGGAGCAGGUGGCUGCUGCCAGAGUGGAAGCUGGCCAUAACCGCCGCCACUUCAAGGCAGCCACCAUGGAGCUGAGUGAGGUGAAGAAAGAGCUGCAGGCCAAGGAGCACCUGGUGCAGACACUGCAAACCGAGGCUGAUGAGCUGCAGAUUCGAGAAGGAAAACACUCCCAGGAGAUAGCAAAGUUCCAGGCGGACCUGGCAGAGGCCCGGACCCAGCUCCAGCUCCUGCAGCAGCAGCUGGACGAGCAGCUGAGCCAGCAGCCUGCGGGGAGCCAAGAGAUGGAAAAUCUCAAGUGGGAACUAGAUCAGAAGGAGCGGGAGCUGCAGUCUCUGAAGCAGCAGCUGAACCUGUCAGAGCAGCAGGGCAGGAAGGAGCUGGAAGGAACGCAGCAGCUGCUACAGAAUACCAGGUCUGAGCUGGAGGUGGUGCAGGAAGACCUGUCCAUGACCCAGAAGGAUAAAUUCAUGCUCCAAGCUAAAGUGUCUGAGCUAAAGAACAACAUGAAGACUCUGCUUCAGCAAAACCAGCAGCUCCACCAGGAUCUCCGCCGUGGUGUGGCCAAGAGGAAAGAACCGAAGAGUGAAGCCAGCUCAUCAGGCCCAGCGACACCAAUCAAGAUACCUGACUGCCCCGUCCCAGCCUCACUCCUAGAGGAGCUGCUGAGACCUCCACCUGCUGUCAGCAAGGAGCCCCUUAAGAACCUGAACAGCUGUCUGCAGCAGCUCAAGCAGGAGAUGGACAGCCUGCAGCGGCAAAUGGAGGAACAUACCAUCACUGUGCACGAGUCCUUGUCCUCCUGGACUCAGGUGGAAAACCCCCCAGGAGAGCACGCCCACCCACGGGGAGAUACCCAGCAGCAGGGUUGUGGCAGGGUGCCCAGAGAAGGCCUGAGACAGUGACCACCAACACCACCGAGGGCAACGUGCAGCUGCGUGAAGGAAUGUGCCAUUUCCAAUAUUAUUUAUUUAAUUGUGUGCUCUGCAUUUUCCUGAGAGACAAAAUUUUAAGUUUUGCUUUUGCCAUUAACAAGGAGUAAAAUAACAGAGUAAGAGCCAAGGAUUAGAGAAAUAGUCAUUGGGAACCAUGGCUAGCUUUCCCCAUGAGAUGACCAAAUCUUAGAAGCCCCUUAAGUUUAGAGCUCAGGAGGGAGUUUCUGGAUGUCUGUCUGGUGGGUUUUGUGCAGGAGGAGGUGUUGAUAAGUGCGGGUGACACUCGCACCCCAGCUGCUUCCUGGUGGAGGCUUUUCAGGACAGGGUGUGGGGGCAGCAGCACUGGGCCGCUGGGCAGCCCUUCUUUCAUCCCACCUAGCAAGAGCUUUACUUUCCUGCAGAAGUGUUUGAUUUGUACCUUUGGCUCUUUAGUUUUUUUUUUUUUCCAGUAGCCAUCCCACCAUAGGGUGUGCAUAUAAGCACUGAGAAUCACAGUCUUGUCAAAGCAUACGCAUAGAUUAAGAAAGACCUGACUGUCUUUUUAUUAAUGCUACUUGAAAAUGUGCUGUUGGGAAGUAAUGUACAUGUAGGAUUUAGGGUUGUCAGUCAAAAAACUAUAUUUUAAGAAGUAUAUUUUAUUUACUCUACCCUCUAAAGCCAAAAAUUCUUGCACAGAAAAGAUGUUUGAGCCGGGCAUGAUGGCGCAUGCCUGUAAUCCCAGCACUCAGGAGGCUGAAGCAGGAGAAUCGCCUUGAGUUUGAGG